CAUCGUGGUGGAGGUCGCCCAUCUCAGUGGCUCGCGCCGUUGCAUACCCCCUUUUUAGUGAGACGAAAAAAACCAACUAAUUAAAGUGCCUAUAAAACAUUGCUGAAAAGAAAAAACUGAAAUACUUUUACCUCAAAUACAAAGCAAAAACAAAUACCAAUUCAACCACUGUGGAAUACAACAAAGAGAAGCCAUUUGCGGCUGUCAAGAGCAAUCUGGAUACUUCUUCCCGUUUUAUGAAAACACAAUGCGUGAGGAAAAUACAAUCACAUCAAACAUUGUACACACAAAUAAAAUAUUGAAAAAUUUGCCGAUCAAGUAGAAUAUAUUAAACGGUUAUGGACUGGUUAUUGACAACACCGCAGUUGCAUAGUGCUUUUGCUUCCCUGGGAUCACUGGAAGGUGACACCUAUGUGGUGAGCCCCAAUGCAUUGGCCAUCUUGGAGGAGAUCAACUAUAAGUUGACCUAUGAAGAUCAGACACUACGUACAUUUCGUCGUGCCAUUGGUUUCGGACAAAAUGUACGCUCCGAUUUGAUACCUCUUUUGGAAAAUGCCAAAGAUGAUGCUGUAUUGGAAUCGGUGAUCCGUAUACUGGUCAAUUUGACGGUACCAGUGGAAUGUUUAUUCUCGGUUGAUGUGAUGUAUCGCACUGAAGUGGGUCGUCAUACCAUAUUUGAGUUGAAUAAACUUCUAUUCACGAGUAAGGAGGCCUUCACCGAUCCCAAGAGUACCAAGAGUGUGGUGGAGUAUAUGAAACAUAUAUUGGAAUCCGAGACGAAAUUAUCACCACAAAAAUGCGAUCAGAUCAAUAAUUGUUUGUUGCUCUUGAGGAAUAUAUUGCACAUACCGGAAACACAUGGACAUUGUGUGAUGGCCAUGAUGCAAUCGAGUGGAGCACAGAUGUCCAUGCAGAAUACAAUAUUAUGGAAUCUGUUUAUCCAGAGUAUUGACAAAUUGAUGCUCUAUCUGAUGACUUGUCCCCAGCGAGCUAUUUGGGGAGUGACAAUGGUGCAAUUGAUAGCAUUGAUCUAUAAGGAUCAGCAUGUUAGCACUUUGCAGAAAUUGCUCAAUCUUUGGUUUGAGGCUUCACUCUCGGAAAGUUCAGAGGACAAUGAGAGUAAUACAUCGCCCCCCAAGCAGGGAAGUGGUGAUUCAAGUCCCAUGUUGACAUCAGAUCCCACUUCGGAUUCCUCUGAUAAUGGCUCUAAUGGCGGUGGCAAUACAAAAAAAGAUGGACAUGGUCGUCAAGUGGUUAGUCGCAAGGGUCAAGAGUAUCAGAAUUCAAUGGCUAGAGUUUCACUUGAUAAAUUGGAUAGUUCUGAAGCGGCUAGCGAUAUUAUGGAACAAUCUCCGCGACAUCAGGGCAUGGAUGAGUCAGAUAGUUAUGGAGAUGAGCGUCAGGAGAGAGUAGAUGAUGAUGAUGAUAAUGAAGAGGAGGAGGGUCCAAAUGACGAUGAAGAUAAUGAGCGUAAGCAACAACAACUGGAAGAAGAACAAGAAGCAUUACAAAAACAACAACCAGCUGACCUGGUCAACAACACUACCACAAUAACAACAACAACAACAAUAACAACAACAAGUUCCAAAAUUAAUUUGGUACUAUCCGACUUUAAGCCGCCACCAAUACCACAAUCCGUGCGGCCCUCUACAUCCGCUCAAGCUCUCCAACAACAACAACAACUGCAGCAGCAACUGCAACAAGAACAAGAGCAAAAACCACUUCUCACUGAGAGUUACCAAUCGUCUCACAUAUCGGCAGUUAAACUGGGCCAGAAAUCGCCACAUUCGGGCCAACUUCAACUGACCAAAGGCAAAUGUUGUCCCCAGAAACGUGAGUGUCCCUCGUCACAAUCGGAGCUCUCCGACUGUGGCUACGGUACCCAAGGUGAGAUUCAAGAGUCCAUAUCCACAUCAUCGAAUGACGAUGAUAUACCACAAGGCAAGCCACAACAUCAGAAACCACCUUGCAAUACCAAGCCGAGGAAUAAAUUGCGUUCAGUGAUGUCGCCACAGGACACAAAGGAAUUGAGACGCAAGAAGCUGGUGAAACGCAGCAAGAGUAGUCUAAUCAACAUGAAGGGUUUGGUUCUUCAUACACCCACAGAUGAUGAUAUAUCUAAUUUGUUGAAAGAGUUCACUGUUGACUUUUUGCUCAAGGGCUACAAUUAUUUGGUAGAAGAACUACACAUUCAAUUGCUAUCAAAUGCGAAAAUCCCCAUUGAUACAUCGCAUUUCUUUUGGCUUGUAACAUAUUUUCUUAAAUUUGCCGCUCAAUUGGAAUUGGAUAUGGAGCAUAUUGACACCAUAUUAACCUAUGAUGUCUUGAGUUAUCUUACCUAUGAGGGUGUUACCCUCUGUGAGCAAUUGGAACUGAAUGCCCGGCAAGAGGGCAGCGAUGUCAAACCCUAUUUGAGACGUAUGCAUUUGGUGGUGACGGCCAUCAGGGAAUUUCUUCAGGCCAUUGAGACAUACAAAAAGGUCACACACUUGAGUGAGGACGAUCGCAUGCAUUUGAGGCAAUUGCAAUUACAAAUCAGCGAAAUGUCCGAUUUGAGAUGUUUGUUUGUCUUGCUAUUGAGACGUUUCAAUCCCAGCAUACAUUCCAAACAAUAUCUACAAGAUUUGGUGGUAACCAAUCAUAUAUUGCUCAUUAUAUUGGAUAGUGCAGCUAAAUUGGAGGGUGGCGAGGCUAUAAAACUCUCCGAGCAUGUGUCGCAAUUUGCCACCCUGGAAGUGAUGCAUUAUUAUGGCAUUCUUUUGGAGGAUUUCAAUAAUAAUGGUGAAUUUGUUAAUGAUUGUAUAUUCACAAUGAUGCAUCAUAUUGCUGGCGAUUUGGGACAAAUUGGUGUGCUCUUUCAACCGAUUAUACUAAAGACAUAUUCUAGAAUUUGGGAAGCAGACUAUGAACUAUGCGAUGAUUGGUCAGAUCUCAUUGAAUAUGUUAUACACAAAUUUAUGAAUACACCGCCAAAAUCGCCUUUAACUAUUCCAACAACUUCACUCACUGAAAUGACCAAAGAGCAUAAUCAAGAACAUACUGUUAGCACUUGGUCUCAGGAGGAAAUGGAUACCCUGUAUUGGUAUUAUGUUCAGAGCAAAAAAAACAAUGAUAUUGUUGGCAAAAUUGUGAAAUUAUUUAGUAAUAAUGGCAAUAAAUUGAAAACUCGCAUAACCAUAAUACAGCAACUACUACAACAGGAUAUUAUUACUCUCUUGGAAUACGAUGAUCUAAUGAAAUUUGAAGAUGCUGAAUAUCAGAGAACUUUGCUAACCACACCCACAUCGGUGACCACAGAAUCGGGCAUUGAGUUAAAGGAAUGUGCUUACGGAAAGCCCUCAGAUGAUAUUCAGAUCCUACUUGAUCUUAUUAUCAAAGAGCACAAAUCGCAACAUUUGGUGUGGCUACAGAAGUUAUUGCUCGAAUGCUGCUACAUUAAAUUGAUGUUGAAGUCGGGGAAUAAAAGUUCAGGAGAUUCUAUGGUUCCGAUUAUGGAACCAGUGGCAUAUCAUUGUAUAUGUAAACAAAAAUCGAUACCUGUGGUACAGUGGAACAAUGAGCAAUCGACAACGAUGUUGUAUCAGCCAUUUGUUUUACUAUUGCACAAAUUGGGUAUACAAUUGCCAGCUGAUGCUGGUUCAAUAUUUGCCCGAAUACCCGAUUAUUGGACACCAGAGACCAUGUACGGUUUGGCCAAGAAGCUGGGACCAAUGGAUAAACUGCACAUAAAAUUUGAUGCCAGCGAAUUGGAAGAUGCCACAUCUUUGGCCAGUCCCUCGGCACGUUAUCAUCAUCUGCCAAGAAAUUCUCUAAGUUCGAUAAGUAGCCUUGAGGUGGAUCUACUUGAUUCGGGUGAGGAGUUGGCUCUAAUACCAGAAGUCGAUGCAGCCACAGAGAAGGCACAUGCCCAAGCCUCACCCGUAUCAUCGCCAUGCGAAAUCUUUGCCAUUCCCAAGGCAAAGCACUGCAAUUCGAUUAUAAGAUAUACUCCAGAUCCCACACCGCCAGUGCCCAACUGGUUGCAAUUGGUUAUGCGUAGCAAAUGCAAUCAGAGAUCCGCAUCUGCCGCAGCAUUGGAGACCAGCCUUGGCGAUUGUGUCAGUUCCACCAACAUGACUCUGGUGGAUGAAGGCGUGGGCAGAUCAUCGACGACUUCUGUUUCACAAUCGAUGGCCUCAACUAGCAAUUCGGCUACAUUGGGUUGUCUGGCCAUGAUAAAUCCCAUAAUGGGUGGACACAAUGAGAAUAGCAGCAGUUCAGGAUGUGGUGGCACUGUAUCCUCUCUAUCAAUAUCGGGACUGAUGAGCACCAGCAUUGCAACCACAGCAGGUGGAGUGGCCCCAGUGGUGGCAGCUGCGGUGACGUCAUCGGUGUCCAAAUCUUUGGAUGUUGAUGACGAUGCGGCCAUGAAAUCAUCAUUCGAACGCUUGGAGGUUAACAAUGGACAUUUUAUGCGUACCAAUAAUUUGGAUCAGGAAUAUAGUGCCAUGGUGGCAUCGGUCUACGAGAACGAAAUAGUCAACAACGACAAUGUUUCGGUGGCUUCCGAUUUGACGCGAAUGUAUGUCAGCGAUGAGGAUGAGAAGCAUGAGUUCCGUGUCCCACAUUAUCAUUGAGGAGCCAGGCAAAAGGACGAGAAUAAUUUUACAAUCGAUCAGAGAGUAAAUGAGUGAGAUAGUUUCAAUGAGAUCAGGAAAAGGCAGACAAACAAAAUUCAAUACACACAUAUAUAUUAUUAGUUUUAAGAAGAAUUAUAUUUGUAUA